AUGCACCAUACUGACAUUCUGCUAUCAGUGCAUCCCCAUGUAGUGCAGGCAAUGCACAGCCUGUUCAAGCGCAACUGCGUCGACUGUCCUGGAACCACACCUUCCUGCCCCUCAUGUGCCGGAGGCAAGGUCUGCUCACUCGUCCCCCAAUCUUGCGACACUUGCGCAUACACAACUUGCGUCAUCUCUAACGAUGCCCCAUCACACCACUCGGGUCCCAAUGUCGGUGCCAUUGCCGGAGGAGUAAUAGGUGGUGUCUUCUUUGUCGGCCUCAUCGUCUUCGCCUUUUACUGGUACGUGAUACGACCGCGUCGUGUAAAACUGGAGGAAGAAUGGGAAGAGGAGGACCAAGCCGAGAACCGCAAGUCCAACUUCAACAUGCAGAGGUCAGAACGCGCGUCGGUGCACACGGUGCACUCGGUUGCCAACAGCAUCCUCAGCCGCGCCUCCAACUUCAUACCCAUCGCCUACAUUCCCGGCGUCAUGAACAGAAACGGAAACCAAGAACACGUUCCUCCAGUCCCACCGAUCCCUGCUGCUCACGGCCCUCCUGUCAGCGGCCGCUCGUCCAACGGGGAAGCUCUAUUCUUCAGUCCUGCCGACCUUCGCGACUCGACAUACUCGGAUUCUUCGUCUUUGGACAACCGCAGUACCUUCUUCGGCCGCCCCAGCAUUACACCCUCUCUGGCUCGCAGCAGUAUAGCUUCCUAUCGCGACGAUGCCGUUGCAAACCCCAUGCCCGCCCAAACCGUGCUGCGCGGAAAAGCAAACGUCGUUAGUGUAAAGAGCGGAAACAGCGGCACACCCACCUCAACGCCACCCCAAACCACCCCCGCCGAAGAAGUCGCCAACCCCUUGAAUCGCAGCGCCAGCGGCAGAAAACUAAACAUUGUCAUGCCCACCUCCAGCGAUGCCAUCCGCCCUGGCUCCUCCAACUCAUCCUCGUCACAACAAACCCUCAGCAGUGCCAGUUACGGCAAACCCACCUUACUCACCGUGGGCGGCUCGAAAGCAAAGAAAGGCCGAUUCCCCGUCUCCUCUUCCGACUCUUCUCCCUCGCAAACAAAGCCCAAUGUAUCCUCUCCACUAGCAAACUCUGCAGCCACUACUCCAGAUGAAGAGAUCGACGCAUCGCCAUUCUCAGAUGCUGCGUCUAUUUCUCCUCCGUCGGCGAACAAACGUACGCCGGGAGGGUUGUCCGCUGUCAUUGAAGAGACGGGUAGUAUGAGGGGAAGCCUGGCGGCACGGAGAUUGAGCAAGCAAUUGGCGCAACAGGUUCCUCGUGGCCAGAGUCCUUUUGGGGAUGAGCAUGAGGCAUAA